GAAACAAACAUGCACCAUCAAUACUGAGGUGAAUACCCUCUAUAAGGUUUCCAUCCUGUCUGUUCAAUGGAUUAUUGAUUCAUGCAUUGAAAUACUCUUAACAAAACUAGAAUACAUAUACACUGUAUUAAGUCAUUUACUUGACUAUUGUACAGACAACAUUUUCAUACAGUCAAAGUUCCAUUUACAGGUGUAUUCCCAGACACAUUCGCUGAAGUCUUGAUAUUACAUUAUGAAAAAGACUGGAAGCUCUAAAGGACCUGCCAAACAAGUGGCUCAACCAGUGCAGGAAGGAAAACAAAGACAACAGAUGUCAAAUAUUCUUAUGCAACCCCUAAAUACCAACAUUAUGGCACAUCAAUCUGCACAUGUACCCCAAAUAAUGGCACACCAAUCUGCACAUGUACCCCAGAUGUAUAACCAACCUGUGUAUCAUUACACACAGCAAUAUGUAGCACAAUCAAUGCCACAAUCAAACCAACAACAAGCACAAUCACAACCAGUUGUUUUUCUUGUGCCACAAUCAAAUCAACAGCUAGCACAUUUGCAACCUGUGAAUG